AUGAGCCACCAGGCAUCUUCAUCCGUGCCAUCAGCAACAAUGGGCCAUCCACCAUUGCCCGUCGCUGCCGCCAUGGCCGACGGCAGUCAUCCGUCCACAGGUGGGAGGCCCGAAUCGAGAGUGGCUUGGACCCCUGUGGCAGCAUCACGCUCCACGCCAGUGGCUAUUCUCAACCGCUCAAAUGGAGGCUUCUAUGGGGCCAUAUUGGCAGCACAGCCUGUCCCUCCACACCGCGAUCACACGGGCCGCCAUAGAGCCCUGUACAUGUAUGUCGAACUUGCACAGCCGGCGCAGGCGGCAGGUGCUCGGCGGAGAGUGCUGCGCCGGCCCGAAGGCUGUGUGUGCGCGUGCGUGCGCCUGUGUGGUGAUGAAGCCUGGGCAUCCGUUCCUCUGUUCUUGUUGGCACGGUCGGAUGCUGUUCCUAGGGCACGACUGUCACGGCUGCCCCGCCACAUCGCUCCGUCCAAAGCUUUUGGCUUUAAAGGACCUCCUCGUCUGCUCGCCUUGCUUUUCUCUCCGUACCAGCAUUGUUCCCGCCUCCUUCGCCUGGGUCUACGACCCGAGUCCCCGCUCCAGUCAGACCAGCAGAAGACCGUCAUCUCCCAGCGCCGCACAUCUCGGCACUCUCGUCGUCGCCGCCGUCAUACGUCGGGCGAGAAUCAAAUGGUCGUCUCGUACGCCAUGACUUCGGGAGAGGGAGAGAAGCCCGAGGUGGGCGUCAAGCCGACGACGACGGCGUUGCCCAUCCGCACGAGCAGCAGCAACUCUGUGCCGGCACCCGAGUCGGUGCUCGUGCCGGCGCCGCGGAACGCAUUGACGGGGAAACAGGAGCAUUACCUCAAGCGCGAGUUGAUGUCCCUGCAGGUCAAGUGGGAAAUCAACGAGCUCAACUCCCCGACGGCACUUCAACGCUUCGGCGCACCCUUCAGAUCCGAGCAUGGGGAGGUCUCCCCGCAGGAGUCGGAGCUGCCCGUCCUCCGCUACAUCUUCGUCAACCACGUUCGGGACUUUCCCUUCCUCGACAAGGCGAGGGAGAAGGAGUUUUGGCAAGAUAAGCUGCAGGUGUUUCUCGAAUCUUUUGCCGGCAAGCAAAUCUCCUCGUCCGAGGACCGCCUCGAGGAGACGAAGCGCCGCAAGCUCGCCAUCAAGGCCCAGAAGCUCGUGGAGCUGAUGAUGGUCUCGGGCAUCGGCACCUCGUCGGGCUUCGAGGAGCGCAUCCGCUUCUCCGAGAUCGACAUCGUCGACAGCAACGCCAUCGACACGGGUGUCCUGCAUACCAUACCCGAAGGCAACUACAUCAACGGCUGGGACGUCAACGUGGCCGGCGUGCGCGUCACCUCGGUCAGGAGAAACAUCCGCCAGCACAAGCACGCCGAGUUCCUCCUCCGCAUCAAGAGAAAGGGGGAGCUUGAACACUUCGUCGGCCGUAGGUACGGCGACUUUUCCAAGCUCUACAAGCACUUGAAGACGGAGCUUCCCGGGCGAGUCUUGCCGCAGCUGCCGAGGAAGAACAAGUCGAGCUCGACGGCGUCGGGAAUCCUCACGGCCUUCAGCAACGGCGACGACUCGGAUGCGUCGUCCGUCUCCACGGUAUCGACCCGCACGGGCUUCCAAGAGGCCGUCGCCGCCUCGCCGUCGCUGCUGUCGCCCACCGAAGGGAAAAUUAGCCAUCGGAGGCCGGGAUCCACCGCUUCGGCAAGAUCGGUGCGCUCCAAGUCUCCCCGUCCGUCGGUCGAUGAUCGUCCGAGUCCCCCGGCCCAACCCGUGAGUGCCAGCAAGGACGAGGUGCGCGCGCGCUGCAGCUUCGAAACGUCGUCUCUCGAUGCUGACGCCUACCCGCAGACUUUCGUUCUCUGGCGUGAGAAUCAGCGCAUCUCCCUGCGCGCUUGGGUUCGAUCGCUGCUGCACAACCCGCAAGUGGCCAACACGAAAGCGAUGCAGGAUUUCCUAGGAGGCAAUCCCAUCACCCCGACCGACGACGACGUCGAAGACAUCGUUCGACGAAAGGCCGUCGACGAGAAGCGCAUGGAGGAGCAGAAGCAGUUUUAUGAGAUUGCCAGGAAGCGUGCCGCCGACCUCGACGAGUACAUGGAGCAAUUCCGAAGAGACAUCAUCGAGCGAAACGGACUCACCAUGCUCUUCAAGGAGAUCAAGGAGAAGGCGACGAUCGAGGACCUCAGCAUCCAGUAUCGCAAGUUUGCCGAGUGGCUGCGCAUCGAAAUUGCCGCCGUCAUCUACCAUCUCUUCCUCGCCGAGGACAACUCGCCCGAGUUGUUCGCCCAAGCCCGGCGAAUCCAUUCUCUCAUCCCUUACUCGGUCAUCAAAAACGUCAUCCGCAUCGCGAACCCGGCCGCCGUCAUGUCGGGCAUUCUGGAUAUUUUCCUCGCCCAGCCGUUCGGCACUCGAUCGUUGAUGCAGCGAAUCUUCUCCCUGACGCUGAACGACGGCAUCAAGAGCUUCCAAAAAUCCAUCGAGGUCCUGACGAGCAAGAUCGGAGACCCCGUCUUCGCCGAGAAGAUCCAGCGAUACACCAACGCCGAGGAGCGUGUCAAGAACACGAUCCGCGAGGAAAGCGAGGACGAGCAUGUCGACAUCAUAGUCGCCAUUCUGCGCUCGGACCUGCUGGAGCCGGAAUUGACAGGCGAGCAGAUACAGCGCUUGUUCAACGCCUACGUCGCCUUCAACAACGCCGUCGAGAACAUCGACGAGGAGCUCAAGCAGGGCGCCCAGCUGUUCUCGUAUCUGAAGCAGCUGCUGAAGCUGUGCACGAGACAGCGUGACAAGACGAUGAUGCUGCACCUGAUCGAGGAGCCCGUCACGCUCCAGCUCUUCCGCGAUCUCUUCACCAUCUUCUACGAGCCGCUGGUGAGGGUGUACAAGUCGGCCAACGUUUACAGCAGCGUAACCGACUUUGCCGAAUUCAUCGACGACAUGAUCCAGGUGGUCGACAAGUGUCGGGAGCAGGAUGCCUCGGCGGAUCCCAACCAGACUGUCCAGGCCUUCAUCGACCUGUGCCAGCGACACGAGCACAACUUUUACAAGUUUGUUCACGAGGUCCACACCCACGACAACGGACUCUUCACCCAGCUCAUGGGCUGGUUGGAAGGCAUCCUCGAGUUCCUUCGCAAGGGUCCCACAAACGGGACGCUCAACGUCAACGCGCUGUUCGAAGGCGGAAUCAGCGCAGGUCUUCUCGAGAAGCAGACGGCCACGGAGGAGAUCAACGCGCUCAUCGCAUGGCAGGAGUCUCGAAAGAAGUGGCACAACGACAAGACGCGCCAGAAGAUGGCGGCCGAAGGGCAGCCCGGAGGCCACUUGGGCAUGGGAGCCGUGGGCAUGAAUUUCAGCUCGUCCGAUUUCGGCCUAGACGGCCAAGAUCUUCAGGAGAUGACGUACGACGACGGCUCCGAGUCCGAGGAGGAGGCCGAGAAGGAGGACGAGCUGGACCCCAUAGAGGCGGAAAGGAGGAGACGGUCGAAGCAGCAGGAUCGCCUCCGACGGUCGGCCGGGGAGCCGUUGAAGCCGCCGGUUUCCGAAGUUCAUAAGCUGAACGAUAACUUUUUGGUCAUGCUGCGACAAGUCUUGGCAGACUAG